AUCCAUGUUCGUCAGAAGUUGUCUGAGAAUCAGUUCCAAGAUGUCGUCGGGAAGAAAACUGUUAGGGCGGCGGUUUUCUGACGUCUUCCCUUUAAACAACGGCAGCCGAGGCCCCCUUCUUACCAAGGACGGGACUGCAGGGGCAAGAACCCGUAGGCGCAUCUCGUCUUUCCCUUGUGAGGAGACGUUUGCACCUGUUCGCACUCCGGUCAUCCUGUCUAUGAGGAAGGACGUUGGGGGCCUUGCUGCCGUGCUACAGUUAUUUCAGGAAGAACAGGUCAGCGUUCUGCAUAUCGAGUCCCGACGCUCUCUUCGGCGGAAAUCGGUGGUUGAAAUCUACAUGGACUGUGAGGCCGACAAGACCCGAAUGAACGAACUGAUCUCCCGGAUUCAGAGGGAGACCAAGAUGGUCAAGGUGGACACACCAGACAGCAUCGGCAAGGGCAAUGCACAAGAUGAGGAGGGGUUUGAGGUUCCCUGGUUCCCGCGCAAAAUCAGCGAGCUGGACAAGACGGCGUGCCGAGUCCUGAUGUACGGAAACGACCUGGAUGCCGACCACCCGGGUUUUAAGGACAAUGUCUACCGGGAGAGAAGAAAGCUGUUCGCUGAAAUCGCUCUGAACUACAAAUACGGUCAACCUAUACCCAGAAUAAAGUAUACCGAAGAAGAAGUGAACACAUGGGGUGCAGUGUACCGUGAGCUGACGUCACUCUACCCGACACACGCCUGUCAACAGCACCUCAACAACCUGCCGCUACUGCGCAUGUACUGCGGAUAUAGAGAAGACAACAUCCCUCAGUUGGAAGAUGUGUCCGCAUUUCUUAAAGAACGAACAGGUUUCCAGUUGCGGCCGGUGGCGGGGUACCUGACACCACGUGACUUCCUGGCAGGACUUGCCUUCCGCGUGUUCCACUGUACCCAGUACAUCCGCCACAGCACCGACCCCUUCUACACACCGGAACCGGACUGUUGUCACGAGUUGCUGGGUCACGUGCCCAUGCUGGCCGACCCGAGUUUUGCCGAGUUCUCCCACGAGAUCGGACUGGCUUCGCUCGGCGCCUCGGAUGAGGAGGUACAAAAGUUAGCCACGUGCUACUUCUUCUCGGUAGAGUUCGGCCUGUGUAAAGAGGACGGGAAGAUCAGGGCAUACGGAGCAGGACUGCUGUCAUCUGCCGGCGAGCUAAAGCAUGCACUGACACAAGAGGAUAAAGUUCUGCCCUUUGACCCGGAAGCUGUUGUACAACAGGAGUGUCUCAUCACCACCUAUCAGGACGUCUAUUUCAUGUCCGACAGUUUUGAGGAGGCUAAACAGCAGAUGAGGUAAUUUUCUCAUUAUUGUGCUUAG